UGUCACUCUCCCACCUGUUGGCAGGUGGUGUUGGCUUUACCCGCGGACAUCUACUAUGACAUUGGGUUUGGAAAUCAUGGAGGAUCUUGUUAUCGACGUAGUAGGGGAAGGACUCAAAGACAGCGGAGAGGAGCAGCUCUUACCUUUGGAUGAGUCGCGGAGCGAGCAGGACCGCGGCACCGAGACUUCCAGCAGCCAGAGCAAAGAUCGGGACACCUACAGUCCUGCUAAAACCAAAGGUCCCACGUCGGUGAAGCCUCCAUACUCUUACAUUGCUCUAAUAACGAUGGCCAUAUUGCAGAGUCCAAAGAAACGGCUCACCCUCAGCGAGAUCUGUGACUUUAUCAGCCACCGCUUCGUUUAUUACCGGGAGAAAUUCCCCGCCUGGCAGAACUCGAUCAGACACAAUCUGUCACUUAAUGACUGCUUUGUAAAGAUGCCCAGAGAGCCCGGAAACCCCGGGAAGGGCAACUACUGGACGCUGGAUCCCAACUCCUCGGACAUGUUCGAGAACGGGAGUUUCCUGCGGCGGAGGAAGCGCUUCAAGCGGCAGCAUUUUCGCUUCGACCCGCUCAAGGAGCAGCACCUGGAGCCCAGCGGACUGCACGGCUUCCCGCACGGCGCGUACGGGCUCGGCGCGGCGGCCCUGCAGCUGCCCAGCCUGGAGCUUUACCCCUACCUCCAUCACCACGGGCCCUCGCCGUGCGGCCCCGCCACCAUCCCACCUGUCAGCAGCAUCCUGCCGGCCCUCUCCAGCUUCUUCUCCCGCGGCGCGCUCACAGCCAAGGCUUUCCUGCAGUCGCAGCCCGGCAUCGAAGCCUUCUCCCCGGCGCAGUGCACGGCUUACUCCUCUCCUCUGACCUCCAGCGUCGCCUACGCGUCCCCUGCGCUCUUCCACCCCGCGGCGUCCCCGCACUUCCUCAGUUUACACCAGGAGUAUCAGAAAUUACAGACUCAGCGUGGCACCGUGGACCUGGCCAAACACAUCAACGCUGCUAACAAUGAAUAAUCAGCAAAGCGGACUUUGAGCUCGUGUUUUCUCAGGUAACAGAGACGUUUCAAGCAG